CGGAAGUUUAAUUGUUUUGAACGCUUCAGAGGCGGUAACACCUAUUGGUUGAGUGCAACAGGGUUGUACGAUGUAACGUUAGUCCAACCCCGUCGUGAAAUAAUAGCCAACAGUUGUCUUAGUUUUGACUUUUUCUUUCAAAUAAUCUUUUCAAAAGGUUCAAGUUAUCUCAGAAGUAGCAACGUGAAAUAAAGUAAACCAAGUUGGCCAACGUAUGCUAGCUACUUAGCUAUGGCUUCUAAAUCCGAUCAUCUUCUCAUCGUUGUUUCCAUUCUCGAAGGUCGUAACUUCCCCAAGAUCCAGCGCCACGCUCUGACAGUUCAGGCCAAGUUUGACGGUGAACAGCUCUUCACAGACCCCGUGGAUCAUAAGGAACAACCACAGUUCUGCACAGAGUUGGCAUGGGAGCUUGAUCGCAGGACUCUGCACCAACACAGACUCCAGCGUACGCCCAUCAAAUUGCAGUGUUUUGCUGUGGACACAACCACUAGCCAGAAAGAGUGCGUAGGGUACAUCAUUCUCGACCUCAGAUCCAUCCAGGAAGUCAAACAGCCUCCAAGGUGGUUUCCCUUGCUAAGCAGCAAGUACACCAAGCUAAAGCCAGCCGUGUUGCUGUCCAUGCUGUUGGAGAAUGACGUGAAGCAAAACCCCGAGCCAUUUAAGGCCAGGAAAGCACCGCCAAGACAAGGCUCCCCAGUGGUGAUGGGUAGACUGCAGCUGGUCCUUAACGAAGAGGAGGGCUAUCACCAGCUCGGCCCUACAGACAGCUGCACAGAGCUCUUCAUCCUCUCCGUCACGGUGGCCUGCGUGUCGAAACUGGAGCAGCUUAUAGGCAGAACAACAAAGCUCUCCACGGAAGGGAUGGACUUCUUCUUCUACUACGCCCUCCUGGGGAAUGACAUCACCAGCGAGCCGUUCCAGAAUGUGGUGACUCCCAGCUUUGAGCCGGAGAGAGCCUCCCUGCGCAUCCGCAGCAGUGAGAAGGUCCUGCGCGCCUACCUCAGCCUACAGCCCAGUCUGGAGAUCCACCUGUGUUGUGGGAGCCAGUCUCUGGGCUGCGCUGAGGUGUCUCUCUCCAGCCUCACCCUGACCAGCGUCUCCCUGAGCACGCAGCAGGCCACGGUGGAGGGAGCGUUCGUCCUGCUUCCCCCCGGCCAGGCCAAGCCCAGUCUGCCCAGUGUCCCCCCAGACCUGCACCCCACGGUGGGGGUGUCCAUCACGCUUAGGAAGGAGGCCUCUCCCCCUCAGGCAGCUGGACAGGAGGGUGGGGAUGGCCUUCCGACUGGCAAAGGUGCUGUGUCUCGUGACAGACCUCCGUCACCUGCUCCCGCUGCUGCCCCUGCCCCAGCCCCAGCCCCAGCCCCAGCUCCAGCUCUUGCACCACCCACCCAUCAGCAGAGGUCACGAUCACCCUCACCUGGCCGGAGCACACCUGUUGCCGGUCGCAGAUCAGGGACCAAAGAAGCCGCCCACACAGAGAGUGAUGCUGAAAGCCUGCAAGAGGAGGAGGAGGAGGAGGAGGAAGAGGAGAAGCAACCAGCAUGGGCAGCACUACCAGAGCCAAUGCCGUCCCGUCCAGCAGCUGCUCCUACACAGAAGAAUCCAGAAGCAGAGCUGGUCUCCUCGGUGUCAGUUUCUGCUCCAAAAGUGGCCAUCCCAGCGUCUGCUCACCACUACUGCUUCUCCAUGGACCUGCGCAGUGUCCGAGACCUGGACACGGGCUUCCCUGUCAACUGCACCCUGAGGUACGCGUACCAGUUCUUUGGCAGUGCGGCUCCCAUCAUGACCAGCCCUCCGGUGGAGGUGAAGAGGGGCACGGAGGUCUUCCUGCCCCAGUCCUACUGCGCCUUCGACUUCGCUGCCCUGCCCCAUCAGCUCCAGGACACCUUCCUCAGGGUGCCCCUGGUGGUGGAGAUGUGGCACAGGGACCCCAGCACCAGGGACGUGCUGCUAGGCACCGCCAGCGUUCAGCUCUCCCACCUGCUCACUGCGGAGAAGAGCCGCUUCCUGGGCCCCUCUGGCCAACAGCACUGGAGACAGAGCUAUACAGAGAGGCUACCUAUCCUCAAGGCACACGGAUCCAGUGAGAAGGUGGCGGAGCUGAGCUUCGUCUCGACCUUGGAAGACCUGGGGCUCGUCAGAGCUCAAGAUAUCGUCAUGUCGGAGUCUUCUCAGAGUGGCAACCCUGUGCAGCCGAGUGCUGCGCUGGCGCCCCCUGGUGGCGGCGCCGAGCCCCGCGAGACUCUGGAGUACCGAGCCGCCCUGGAGCUGGAGAUGUGGAAGGAGGCGCAGGAGGACCUCUUUGAUGAUCAGCUGAAGAAGAAGGAGCUGAGCCACAUGCAGGCGCUGGCUGGGGAGUGGAGGAAGAGAGACCGCGAGAGGGAGGCGCUGGUCAAGAAGAAGGAGCUAGAGUACAACCUUCUCGAGGAGCAGCUACAAAAGACUCUGGCCGAGUUGGAGAAGCGAGAAAAGAACUUGGCACAUGCUGAGCUGGAGACACAGCGGCUUCAGCGCGAGUUGCGGGCAGAGCAUGAGUUCUCCUUGCGUGAGCUGCAGGACAGUGGGCGACGGCUGCGCGAGGACUGCACCCACCAGGUGGAGCUAGAGAGGGCAAAGGUUAGACAGCUGGAGGAGGAGAACGCCCGGCUGCAACAGCAGCUUCUGGACGCCGACAGCAAACACAAACUCCUGGAGAAAGAAUUCCAGCUGUUCCGGGAGCAGCAGAACACUCGGCCCGAGGUCCGCCUCACGUCGGAGGUGAACCUGCUGAGGUUGGAGAAGGGUGAACUGGAGCGGAAGCUGGAGACCACUACUAAGUCCAAACUGCACUACAAGCAGCAGUGGGGCCGCGCCCUGAAGGAGCUGGCCAGGUUUAAGCAGCGGGAGCAGGAGAAUGCCAUGUGUCGGCUGAAGAAGCAGCAGCAGGAGCUGGAGCACAUGCGUCUGCGCUACCUGGCAGCAGAGGAGAAGGAGGUGGUCAAGACCGAGAAGAACGAGCUGGAGGACAUCAGGAACGAGCUCAACAGGCUGAAACAACAGGAGCUGAAGCAGCAGCCGUGGCGUGAGCCUGCGUGUGUGUCGGGCGGGGGCGAGAGCGUGGACGAUCACCUGAGUCGGCUGCUGGAGGAGAGAGACACGCUGCUGCGCACCGGCGUCUACACGCACGAGGACCGCAUCAUCAGCGAGCUCAACCGGCAGAUCCAGGAGGCCAUGACCCAAAGGCCUCCAUCCACAGACCGAACUCACAGAGGCACGCACUGAUGGCCAGAUAGAACACCCCCCUCCCCCCCCACCCCCCUCAGUACCUACACUCUCUAAUGAGAGCCCUUGAUGGUGACCAGUUGGACACCUCCCUCACAUGCGAGGGCCGGGUAGAGGCCACCAUGAACCAACUGACUGCUAGCCAACUGACUGCUAGCGACCGCCACUCCACCGGAGAGCCAGGCUACGGCAUCUCACAUGGGACACUUUGAUUGAAUUGAUAUCUGUGAUUCUCAGGACACAAGAAUCAUUGUCCGUGAGAGAGGUGUGUAUGUGCAUAGAAAUGUUUUGUCGUUUGUAUAUUUGUGUGUGUGUGUGUGUGUGUGUGUGUGUGUGUGUGUGUGUGUGUGUGUGUGUGUUUGUGUCUUUUAUCAGUUUUAGACCAGCUUUUACUUAUGGAAUGGAUCAUAAAAAUUCCAGAUUUAUUUAAAACAGGAAAGUGUGCUGCAUUCUCUUGACUUUCUUCCAUCAGCCAGGCAUCAUCUGUAUGGUCAGGUCAGGAGCAGGUUUGUUCAGACUGUGGUGUUGUUUAGCACCACCAGGGGGGGGUAGCAUCUCAGGAAAGGGUCAUGUGUGAUGGACUAUUACGCCAGAGCAAUAUUUAUUUACAUAGCAGCUUUUAAGAAAUUAUUUACAGCCAUUUCUACACAGGUAGAUUCCUGUUUUAGAAAGGUGAUUUAAUCCAAUUUUGUUUUAUAUAUUCUGUUAUACUGAGUGCGCCAUAGGAACACAAACGGACAGGACUAUAAUUCUAGGCCGUAUUUCACUGUUGCUGCUCAAAAUAAUCUGUCUCUUGCAGAGCUGUGAUGUUUUCAUGAUAAGAAUUUUAACAGCAUAUGUCAAUUUAAGAGGUUCGUCGUUAUUCUAAAGGCAACUUCUAAUCAUGUGGUCAUCAAUCAAUCACUCACAGCAUUGCAUUUAAUUUACAGCAGAAAUGUAGUCCAUCCUUGUAACAUCUGUAAUUUGUAAGAUGUCUCCCCCUCGUCCUUGUAAGGCUAUGAUAUACAUAACCUGCUGUGCCUCAGUAAUUGUGCUGUCCCUUAUUUUGGGGAACAGAAUAAUGUCGCCUGCUCUGACAUUUUGAGUACAUGAGCUGACUCGUCUUUAUCAGAGGCGACUCUUCUCUGGUUAGGCUUACUUUUGGGUCCACAUGACUGCAUCGUUUGGGAACACACCCCAUCCAUCCACGCUGUCUCUCUCUCACAGCCAUCUCUCUCUCACAGCCAUCUCUCUGUCUACCUGUCUCUCUCUCUCACAGCCAUGUCUCUGUCUACUUGUCUCUCCACACUUCAUUCUUCUGGCUUUGGUGGAGAUCAACCUCUUAUACUUAGUCUCUUUUGUUUUGGGGCGGGGUCCCCUACAGCCCCUUUCAGUGGAUGUCUCAAUGAGGUGCCCAGAAACAGAUGUCUGUUGUCUGUGUGAGCCCAAGUGGAUAAGUCCGGCAGUCAACGAGUACCGCUCACACUCGCACAUAUAAUAGUCAACGAGUACCGCUCACACACA